UUGCGAUUGAUUUGAAUCUUUUCUCGUACUCGUACUUGUCGUCUUCAGAAUGUCAGUACAUGUAGUCAGUAGUUCUUCUGUUUUCUUCUGGCUUUGCUUGAUUUUUGUAGCAUACGCGAGUCUGUCUCCUCUUAUUGUAGAUGAUCAAGUUUUAUGGACCUCUGGAGAUGAAGGCGAUAUUUCUUUCUACAGAACCCCUAUGCUGAUCAAUACACCUAAUGGGGACUUACUAGCAUUUGCAGGAGCAAGAAAAUAUUCUGAAGGUGACACUGCGCAAAAAAUAGCCACCAUGCGACGAUCACGCGACAAAGGGGCGUCAUGGGACCCGACAGUUUUUGUCAUACAGGAUCUUGGGCCAGAAACUGAUUAUUUUAACUUUGGUACUAUCACGGUUGACGAUGCAGUUAAUAGUUUGGUGUUUCUGUAUUGCCAUUGUCCACACAAUGUUUGUAAAGACAGCUUGCCAACCGUGUUUAUGAUGCGAAGCUAUGAUUGGGGUUAUACUUGGAGUAAACCAGUGAACUUGUCAAUAUCAAAUCCGAUAUUUUAUAACUUCGCCUACUGCCCCGGACCUGGCUAUGGUAUACAGAAAAAAAUCGGACCAUACAAAGGAAGGCUGAUUUCAUGUGGUCAUACGAUCAAGACAUUUAAGGCAAUGCACUGCAUUAUUAGUGACGAUCAUGGUGAUACAUGGAAAUUAGCUGGAACUGUUCCUACAAUACCAUAUGGUUAUGGGCUAAAAACUGGUGAUUUUCAGAUGGAUGAAACCACAAUUAUUGAACUUCCUGAUGGAUCAUUGAUGUUGAAUUCCAGAAAUGAGCAUCACUACCACUGCAGAUGUCGGAUUAUUGCAACAAGUGAAGAUGGUGCUGAUACUUUUCCAUUUCAAAAUAUACGCUUGGAUGAAACACUUGUAGACCCAGCAUGUGAUGGAAGUCUUAUCUCUCACAAUAAUGUGUUAUUCUUCUCGAAUCCAGCAAACCCUUCAGCUCGAGUCAACAUGACUUUGAGAUGGAGUUUGGACUUUGGAAAAAGCUGGGAUGGUGCUCUAGUGAUCAAUGCGGGAAGUAGUGAAUAUUCCUGUUUGUCUUCUAUUGAUGACAAUCAUGUUGGACUUCUCUAUGAAAAGGGCGGUUAUAAAGAAAUGUCAUUUGCUAAAAUCAGAAUAAACUAAAUGUACAUGCAACUGCAUUAUUCACAUGA